AUGCGCGGCGAUCGCCGGUCCGCUGUGUCCCUUGGACACAGCUGAUCACAUGUAAACACGGAAAUGCCGACAUGUACACUGAUGAUCAGUGUGCCCUGAUGAUCAGUGUGGCCCCAGUUGUGCCACCUGUCAGUGCUCAUCAGUGCCAGUGCCCAUCAGUGCCACAUCAAUGCCGCAUACCAGUGCACAUCAAUGCCACAUAUCAGUGCCCAUCUAAGCUGCCUUUCAGUGCCGCCUAUCAGUGCCCAUAAGUGAUGCCUGUCAAUGCCCAUCAGUGCAACCUACCAGUGCCUCCUCAUCAGUGCCCAUUAGUGCCACCUAUCAGUGUCCAUCAGUACAGCCUAUCAGUGCCCAUCACUGCAGCCUCAUUAGCGCACAUUAGUGAAGGAGAAAAAUCACUUAUUUACAAAAUUGUAUAA